AUGAAGCUUAACAAACAAAAAUCAUCAUCCCGAAGAAAAAUGAGAAAGACUCACUUCACUGCUCCUGCAGGUCUUAGAAGAAAAAUUAUGUCAUCAAAAUUAUCAAAAGAAUUAAGAUUAAAAUAUAAAACUCGUUCAUUACCAGUUAGAAAAGAUGAUGAAGUUCUUAUUUGUAGAGGACACAAUCACGGAAGGGAAGGAAAAGUUGUAAAAAUAAAUAGAAAGAGAUAUAAAAUAUACAUAGAAAGAGUAACAAGAGAAAAAGUAAAUGGGGAAUCAACAUUCAUAGGUAUACACCCAAGCAACGUUAUAUUGACAAAAUUGAAAAUUGAUAAAAAUCGUAAAAAGAUUUUAGAUAGAAAAAUACCAAAAGAAAAAAAUUAA